GCUUGCAGGCAUUGGGUGAAUCUAAGUCUCUGGCUCCUUGGUGUUAGCAAACCUUCCUCAGCUGGUGGGGACUACAUUCCACUGUUAUCGGCUGAGGAGAGGACCUGAUCGUUCUGAGCUGUUUGGGGGUGGAAAAGCCAUGCGAGAAGGUGGCUGUGAUCAGGACAAGCUGUGCCUAGAGAUUUCUCAACGGCACAGAGGCUUGGACUCACCAACCUGGUCCCUGCUGGAAUUUUUAUAGUUGGGUCGUCACUGGGGCAGUGGAAGGAAUUUUGGGCUCUGAUCCUGAAGACUUGGAGUUGUAGUCCUGGGUCUGCCACAGAUUCACUGUGUCAUUUUGGAACAAUUGCCCUGACUGGCAGAAAUCGGAGAUGGGGAUGACCCCGGGAUGAGGCGGCGAGAGCUAUUUCAGAGUCUCAGACUUCGGGUGUCCUUUGUUCCAGGUUCGGCAUUAAGACUUAGCCUGCUACUUUGAACUCAAAGAGAAUGGCCACCGACGAUUACAACUUCACUGAUGGCUACUAUGAAUACGAAGGUGAUGGGUUUGUCAUAGCUCCUGAAGAGUCAACCCCCAAUGAUGAUGGGGUCGCCAGGACCUUCCUGGUGGUGGUCUACAGCUUAGUCUGCUUUUUGGGACUCUUGGGGAAUGGCCUGGUCAUUGUGAUCACUGCCUUCAAGAUGAAAAAAACUGUAAACACCGUCUGGUUUCUCAACCUAGCAGUGGCAGACUUUUUAUUCAAUGUCUUCCUCCCAAUUCACAUCAUCAAUGCUGCCAUGGACUACCACUGGAUUUUUGGGAAGGUCAUGUGCAAGAUCAGCCACUUUGUGGUGGUCUACAACAUGUACACCAGUGUCUUCCUACUGACCACCAUCAGCUUUGACCGCUGCGUCUCUGUCAUCUUCCCAGUGUGGUCCCAGAACCAUCGGAGCAUCCGGCUGGCUUCCAUUGCAUGUACAGCCAUCUGGACCCUGGCCUUCUUCUUGGGCUCCCCAUCCUUGAUUUUCCGGGAUACAACUAUGCACCAGAACAAAAUUGUCUGCUUCAACAACUUCAGCCUGUUGGCCAAUGUCUCCCACCCCCACCAUUCCCAUUUGGCCCAGGACUCAGUGGCAUACAUGAGGCAUGUGACAGUGACUGUCACCCGGUUCCUGUGUGGAUUUAUCCUCCCUGUCUUCAUCAUCACGGUGUGCUAUCUCAUCAUUGUCUGCAAGCUAAAGCGUAACAGGUUGGCCAAAUCCAAGAAGCCAUUUAAAAUCAUCGUGACCAUCAUCGUCACUUUUUUCCUCUGCUGGUGUCCUUACCAUACCCUGUACCUGCUGGAGCUCCACCACACCUCUGUGCCAGCUUCUGUGUUCAGUCUGGGGCUACCCUUGGCCACAGCCCUUGCCAUCUCCAACAGCUGCAUGAACCCCAUUCUGUACGUCUUCAUGGGCCAGGAUUUCAAGAAGUUCAAGGUGACCAUCUUCUCCAGGCUGGUCAAUGCCUUGAGUGAGGACACCACUGCUCACUCUUCCUUCAUGAGUCACAGGAGUAUCACUAAGAUGUCCUCUGUGAAUGAAAGGUCUUCUAUGAAUGAGAGGGAGACGGGCAUGCUAUGAGUGUCACCUCAGGACCCCCCAGUGUCCACAGAGACAGGCACCUCCCUUUGGUUUUGGCUCAGUUGGGAAGCUUCCAAACUGCCUAAAGGCAGGGCAAGAAUAUAUCUGGUUAUCACAUUUCCACCAAGGUUGGUGAAUGUGUUAGCUGAUGGCUCAUUAAAUUUGAUGAGAUUUUGAGAUAGGGUCCCAAGGAGAUGGAAUUAAGGGCAUUGACUAGUCAGCUUGCUACCUUGUCUCUCCUCUCUGUGACCUACGAGCUAAUAUAGUGGAUUAAAGGAUCUUGUCAUGCUGAUCGUGAAGGCAAUGAUCCUAAGAUUAUCAACAUCAAAGAGGACUCGGAGAUCAUCUCUACAAGAUGGAGAAAGUGAGGCCCAAUGAGGACAUGUGCCUGGCCUAAGGUCAUUUGGUGGUGAAACCAGGACUAGAUCUAAGUCACUGACAUUGCCUGGUCAGGAAUACACUCUCUUAGGACCAUGAGUUUUCUUUGAGCCUUGAGUGGGGAAGGGGCCAAAGAAAGAAUGAGGUGAUUUUCAGAGAGAAAGCUUUACAAAGCUCUACUGUGGGAUUUGAUUGGAUGUUUUAAAUGCUUCCAGGGAUGGGAUCUUAUUCAGGGCCAUGAUGAGGAGUAUAUUAUGGACUCUUCCCUCCUUGGGAGUGACCCAACGAUUUUAUCCCCAGCACCAGCCUAUGUUAAAGGCACCACGCUCCCCCCAUGCCAGCCUGAAAUCUACAAAGCAGACCGUAAGCUCCCUGAGGGCAAGAUUUGUUCCAUUUUUGUUUUUGUCUCUCCAGCACUUGGCACAGUGCCUGGCAUAUUUUAAGAGUUUAAGGAAUGUUUGAUUAUUUCAUCAGAGUCAUAGAAUCUCAGUGGUUGAUAGGGACUCAGAGAGUAUUUAGGAGCACAGGAUUUUAGAGUUGGUAGGGAUCACCAUCCAUCCAUCCAUCCAUCCAUCCAUCCAUCCAUCCAUUCAUUCAUUCAAGUUCAUCAAGUCAAACUACUCAUUUUUGUACAGAUAAGGAAACUGAGGUCCUGCCCAGGGUCACACUAGUAGUAAGUUGCAGAGUCAGAUCUUUGACUCCAAACCCAAGACUUUGCACUAUGCCAUAUAACCUCCUAGUCUAAUCUAGACCACCUAAUCCAAUCCAUUCUUCAACAACUGUAACAAAUAAGCACCCUCCUUUGGGUUAAGGCUUUGUCUCUAGGAGACCCCGGUUACACCAUGAAUAUAUUUCCUGGUUGGGGCAGCACAAUAAUUCAGGGGCACCCAUUAUCAUGGCAGCAUAGCCUGAUUUCUUAGACUGGUCUAAAAUGUAGAGAACCAGGCUCAGAGUGAUAGGAUCUGGGAUGGUGGUGGUGGGAACACCUGUACUGGUGGGGGUAGGGGAAAGGAACAGAUGAGAACCAUAGGACCUAUCCCCAAAGAGUCAGGGUGGGGCCCCACAGUGGAGGGGGCACCUGGGCCAACAGAGAUUAGUAUCAGGGGGUCUGGGUGAUGAGAGUUUGGGGUAAACACUGAGAGGGGGUUAAGAGUGCUGCAUGAAAAGCAACUUUGCCAACCCCUCCCCUAACUUAGCUAUGCUUCCUCCGGUCCAGAGCCUGGGUGUCUGGUCCAGCAGGGCCUUUUCCUGGACUGAGGAGGUCAUAGAACCACUGAGAGAUCAUCCGGUCCCACCUAUGCCUCAUUGAGAAUCCUCUCUGUAAUAUUAAGGACAAAUGGCCAACCAGCCAUUCCUUGAAGAGAUGGGGAAUCCUCAGCUCCUGAGGAAGCCCAUUCCACUCUGGGAUACUUCUCCCACUUCAUUCUUUGGUUCAGCUCUCUGGAGUUCUUUUCCCCCUCUUCCCCACCCCUCCCACCCCCACUUUUCAGUUUGCGAUAUGUGUUAUCUUGUCCCAUGAUCAUCGUCAGUGCCCUCUUCUGGAUGCCUUCCAGCUUACCUGUGUUUCUUAAAAUGAGAUGCAUAGCUCUCCUGGAACCUCCCCCACCUCCCCCCCAGAGCAGAUUAACCAUUCACCUGCAGGGUCUGAGCAUGACAGCUAGUACACAGCCCCCACAUUGCCUUGAAUAACCAUUGCUCACACGCCUGCUGACUCAGUGACUUACUCCCUGCCUGACAUCUCCUUAAAAUAACCCUGGUUCCUUUUUUUUUUCCUCUUUUGGCUUCUUAAAAAUCUCGAGUUGGGACUCAGACUGGUUAGAGAGAGAAAAAGCUGAAAACUUGACAAACAGGAAGGGAAACUAUUGGGAAUAACCCACUAAAAAGUGACAGUUGCUCCGGGGAGGGAUUAUUAAACUGUGGCUCAUAGAUUCAGAGUGGGAAGAGACUCCAGAAAACAUGUAGCCCAACCCCCUCAUUUUACACAUGAGGAA